CUAAGUCAAGCCAAGCUCGUCAUCGAUCCUCCCGAUCUCCAAGCAUGGCGCGAGAGGCUCUUCCACGUCGACGAUGUCAUCAUCCUCACGCACGAGCAGUUUGAAACAUACUUCCCGCACAUCGACAACGUCUACUCGCACCGCUCCACCCAGCGCUACAAGCGGAAGCCCUUCAUCUCGCAUUACUGGGACUGCCGCAUGAAGGGCCGCCCGCCGGGGACGCCCAAGUCCGACGACCCGAGCAAGAAGAAGCGCAAGCGCAGCGCACGGGAGCGCGACCUGUGCGACGUCAAGAUCAAGAUCACCGAGUACUUCCCGGAUGCCGGCGCCGAGGCCGCGCUGGACCGGGACGUUGCCGCUGCCAUUGCCGCCGGCACGGCUGCCCAUUCCGUCGUCAGUGCGGGAGAGCGGUUCUGGACGAUUCAACGGGUGAAUGGAAAUGGUGGCAACGGCAAGGCAGACGGAGUGGCUGGGCCGCACCGGCAUACGCUGGAGAGGAGCGACGAGAUUAAGAAGAGCAGCGUGCAGCGCUUCAUGGCGAAGAAGGACAAGGGAGGGAAGAAGAUACAGCAACUUUUGAAAACCUCUUUACAGAGAACACCUCAGAGCAAAGCCAUUGGAGCUGCACAGGAGACGGCUCGGAUACACAGCAAGGACGCAGAUUUGAGGCUAUAUGCAGCCAGCUACUGCCCCUUUUCCCAGCGCGUCUGGAUCGCCCUCGAGGCCAAAAGACAACCAUAUCAGUACAUUGAGACGGACCCUUUCAAACGCCCUGCUCCGAGGCCGCUCCUUGAGGCCAACCCGCGAGGCCGCGUUCCCGCCAUUCGGCAGGGAGACUGGGCUUGCUCUGAGAGUGCCGUCAUUCUAGAAUAUCUCGAAGACAUUUACCCUGACAUCCCCCUAUUCCCUUCUGACCCGCGCCUGAGAGCAAACUGCCGCCUCUGGAUCCAUCAUAUAAACACCCGCCUCGUCCCAACAUUCUUCGCCCUUCUUCAACCAGUAACCCCUCCACAGCCCUCCCAACAAUCUAUCAACGCAUCCGCAACGCCCUCAUCUUCAACUCCCACUGCCUCUCUCGCCCUCCUGCAAUCCCACCUGACGGCCCUCAUCCUCGCCGCCGACGAACAAGGCCCUUAUUUUCUCGGCCCGUCCCUGUCCCUCGUCGACAUCCAUUUCGCGCCCUUCGCCCUCCGCCUUAGCAGGAUCCUCCGCCGUAGAUAUCCGAGUGCCCUUUUGGCCGAUGCCACCCCAGGCACGCGUUGGCAUCGCUGGCUAGGCGCCCUAGAAAGAGAUCCGCAUAUCAGGGCGACGACAAGCACAGACGAAUUUUAUCUAGAGACGAUUGAC